AUGGCCCUGAGAGCAUGUGGCUUGAUCAUCUUCCGAAGACGCCUCAUUCCCAAGGUAGACAACACCUCAAUUGAGUUUCUACUGCUGCAGGCAUCAGAUGGCAUUCAUCACUGGACUCCUCCUAAAGGCCAUGUGGAACCCGGGGAAAAUGAAUUGGAAACAGCCCUGCGGGAGACUCAAGAGGAAGCAGGCCUAAAAGCAAGCCAGCUGACCAUCAUUGAGGGGUUCAGGAGGGAGCUCAAUUAUGUGGCCAGGAAGCAGCCUAAAACAGUCAUCUACUGGCUGGCAGAGGUGAAGGACUAUGACGUAGAGAUCCGCCUCUCCCAUGAGCACCAAGCUUACCGCUGGCUGGGGCUGGAGCAGGCCUGCCAGUUGGCUCAAUUCAAGGAUAUGGAGGCAUUACUCCACGAGGGACACCAGUUUCUCUGCUCCGCAGUGGCCUGA